UAGAGCCAGGCCACCUGCUUAUGCAAUCACUGUCAACACAGCAUGCUGGGGGAGCACCGUUUAUCUCAUCGUUUUCUUUCCUCUGGUUUUCAAACGUUUUGAAACUCACAGUGUUUAGAUAAAAUUAUGACGUUUAGUGUUAUCUUGUGAGUGGAAACUGACAGUAGGGAAAGAUCAGGACAAGCGGUGCCAAAUACGUCACUCUAACGCUUAAUGUUCUGGUUUCUCCACAUUUUUUUCCUGGUCCCUUCAGAAGAGGGUGAUGAGGGUCGGGGUGGGAGGGGUCUCACGGUGACUCUCAGUAAAACUCAGUCACUCCAGCAUCUGAGUUGAGUUGAGUUGAGUGUAUGUGAUCCCACAGUUCACCUUUCUAGAUCAGACCGCAGGACCUUUCCUCACGGACAGCUGCAUUGAGAUCGCUGUCACUAAAGAUGGAGGGUGAGAAGGGAACGUUAGGGGCAGGUACCAAAGAGCAACCUGAUACGAUGGGUCCCCUGACAGCCGAACAGCUGGCAGCUAUAGAGGAUGAAGAGAUCCUCAAUAAUAUGCUAGACAAGGCUGUGGAUUUCGAGGAGAGGAAAAUGAUCCGCGCUGCCAUGAGAGAACUGCUGAAGAAAAAGAGGGAGCGGCGUGAUAAAGAGCGGGCGGCCCGAAUGGAGAACCUGCGUCAGCAGGGUGGUGGAGGAAAGACAGCUGCUGGACAGAAUAAGGACCAGAAAUCUGCUAAUGGCCCGAGCGGCGCUCAGUACAAUAUGCACAAGACGGCUCAGGCAAAAACAUUUUCUUCACCAACCUCUACUUCCUCUCCAAAAGCUGCGGGCAGCCCGGCUCAGUCCCAUGUGGCCAGGGUUAAAGUGCCGGGCGGCUCGGCGGUCGGGGGCCCAAAUACCAAAGAUGUCAAACAGAUGCUGCUGGACUGGUGCCGGGUCAAGACUGAACCAUAUGAGGGUGUGAACAUCCAAAAUUUCUCGUCUAGCUGGGCAGACGGUCUGGCGUUUUGCGCCCUGGUGCACAGGUUCUUCCCUGAGGGCUUUGAAUAUUGCACUCUUGACCCUUAUGAUCGCAGAGCCAACUUUGAGAAGGCAUUCAAGACUGCAGAGACACUAGGUGACUGUCCUCGCCUGCUGGACGUUGAUGACUUGAUGCGGAUGCGAGAGCCCGACUGGAAAUGCGUGUACACGUAUAUCCAGGAGUUUUAUCGCUGCCUAGUAGAAAAAGGCCUCGUCAAGACUAAAAAGAAGACGACAUAGAAACUCACUGUAAAUGACUGAAAGACUACAACAGACACACAACACAGCACACAUGUGCCCUGAAGCUUCUACCAAAGAUCAGAUAGUCUAUUAUGUACUUAUUAUGUGCUCUUUGUUUCACUCACGCAUGCAGUGGAUGAGGAUUAUAACCUGUGUGUUUUGCGCUCGGUACGGCUGUGGCUCUAAAGCAGUGCAUUCCAGUGAGAUUACACAUGCAUUAAUCUCAGUCUAUGCUUGAGAUUGUGCGAAAGUGUGUGCGUGUGUGUAUAUACGGAUGGCUUUUUAUGGUACUGCUACUCCCUGUUUUGAAUGCGCUCCAGCACAGAGACAUCAGGCUUAUAAGGGCAUGAGAUCUAAUGCGGUAUUAUACUUAACCCAGAUUUAUCGUUUGUUUAAAAAUAUCGACGAGGGCACUUUUGCUAUUAUAUAAGAGUUCAGAAAGCCUUAACAAUGUCUCCUACAGAAUAGACGUGUCACCCGCAUUUGCUUGUAGGGUGAAAUAUGACAGCUUGAAUAGUUUCGGUUUCUCUCAUUUUGUUCAGGAUCAGAAGUUCAUCGUACUAAGUGUUUGCUUGGUACUAAAAAAAUGACCCUAGAACUGCACUAAGAGAGAUUAGGUCCAAUAAAACCUCUCACUCAGGGAUAGACAGGCCCUUGAGGCCUGUAAGACGCCUGCAAGACUUGUUUCAGGAGGCCGAUGGUAAUUUUCAAGUGCUUUUAAAAUGUUUACUUGCUGCAUGGCUAAUGACUUAAGUGCACUUUAGAUAUGUAUUUUGAGCACAGAUAUUGACACUCCUAGUGUAGCUAAUAAAAUGUGAUAAAAAAAAAAUAUGACAUUAAAAUAUAAUACACAUUUUAUAAGUAUUAUUAUCUAGUGCUUUAAGUCAUGAAAGUACAAUUGCUGUCAAUCUGUAUCUGGUUUGAUUAAAUUAUGGGUGUUAUUUUCCUCCCACAAUGCUUCACCAAGUGUUUGCCAAGUAUUAUUAAAUGUGAUAAUCUUCUCUGUG